AAACUGAAUGAUAACAAGAGUGUUUCUACACCUCUUAAACCUAAUGUCAAGCUUACACCUAUGGAUGGCUCUCCACUUUCUAAUCCUACUCGUUAUCGGCAAUUGGUUGGUAGUCUGGUUUAUCUUACUACGACACGCCUUGAUAUAGCAUAUGCAGUUCAUAUUGUUAGUCAGUUUAUGGCUGCUCCUCGCUCCACUCAUUAUGCAGCAGUACUUCGCAUUAUUCCCUAUGUUAAGGGAACAUUAUUUCAUGGACUCCAUUUUUUUGCCAACUCCUCCCCUGUGCUUCGUGAUUACUCUGAUGCUGAUUGGGCCGCUAUUCCAUCUCGCUCUAGUACAGAAGCUGAGUAUAGAGCUCUCGGGGAUACCACAUCAGAACUUCUUUCAUUGCGGUGGCUUCUUGAAGAUAUGGGCAUUCCUCAACCUUCUUCUAUUGAUUUAUAUUGUAAUAAUCAAAGUGCUAUGCAGAUUGUUCAUAAUGAUGUCUUUCAUGAACGUACUAAACACAUUGAGGUUGAUUGUCACUUUAUUCGCCAUCAUGUUGCACAAAGAACUGUUCAUUUGGUUUUCAUUGGCUCCGCUGAUCAACCAGCAGAUCUCUUUACCAAGGCUCAUUUUCCUGGACGCUUUCGUACUCUUCUUUCCAAACUCAAGUUGGUUUCAUCACAACCACCUUGAGUUUGAGGGGGGAUGUUAAGAUAUGAACAUAAUUAUAUUUAGAAUUAUUGUAAAUAUUUUAUACUUUAGAAUAUUCUCUUUGUAUACUUUAUACUUUAGAAUAUUUUCUUUGUAAACACCUAUAUAUAGGUCAUUGUACAUAUAGUAUAAUUCAAGAAAGUAAUAAAUCUUUCUUCAGAUA